AUGAAAUACAUCCAAACUGAACAAUCCAUUGCCAUCCCAGAAGGUGUCACUGUUAACAUUAAAUCCAGAAUUGUUAAGGUUACUGGUCCAAGAGGUGUCUUGACUAAGAACUUGAAGCACAUUGAUGUUACUUUCAACAAGAUCUCCAAGGAUUUGAUCAAGGUCACUGUUCACAAUGGUGACAGAAAGCACGUUGCUGCUUUGAGAACAGUCAAGUCUUUAGUUGAUAACAUGAUUAUUGGUGUUACUAAGGGUUUCAAGUACAAGAUGAGAUAUGUUUAUGCGCAUUUCCCAAUCAAUGUUAACACAAUUGAAAAAGAUGGUGCUAAAUUCAUUGAAAUCAGAAAUUUCUUAGGUGACAAGAAGGUCAGAACUGUUCCAGUUAGAGAAGGUGUUGACAUUGAGUACUCCACUAACGUUAAGGAUGAAAUUGUUUUAUCUGGUAACUCUGUUGAAAACGUUUCCCAAAAUGCUGCUGACAUUCAACAAAUCUGUCGUGUUAGAAACAAGGAUAUUCGUAAGUUUCUAGAUGGUAUCUAUGUUUCUCACAAGGGUUGUAUUGUUGAAGACAUGUAA